CGGCAUUGCAACACAGUUGACAAACCAAUAACAAUUAACGUUAUACAGAAGGAGAUCGAAAAACGCAGUUUCACAGUUCCUACAUAUCAAACAGUAUACACUGGAAACUGUAGGUCUGGCAUCUCCAUAAAAACUGUUUUCAAAUAUGCUCUAAAGGGGGCUCAAAUUGGAAAAACGAUUGGAACGAUGUUGAAAGGCCCGGUUGGUGGUGCUGUGGGUUUUGUUGUUGGAGGUGUAAUAGGAGGUAUCGUUGGAGCUUUCAAGAAGUCAAUAUUUGGUUGCUCCAAUACUUACGAAAAAGUGCCAGCAGAGCCCCAAAUUGUGGAGUACGACCACAAAAUAUAUAAAGUGAAAUCAGUGGAGCAGAUCAUUAAGGAAGUGAAAUGCAAUGGUCACACAAUGAGGGCAAAGCCAGGUGGACACGGACCGCCAUACCAAUGCUGCAAGCAAUAUGGUUGUGAAACUAAAGUAAUGAACCCCAAGUGUAUAUUAGACAACGAGGAAUGUCUUCUAUCCAUGACAGAACUUAAGUUCACGCUGGAUGCUCUGAAUAAAACACUGCAAUCGGAAUUCUUGUCUUUAAGAUCCUCUGUGGAGAGGGUCCAAAAAGCGACGUUUUCUUUUGAAAAAGCCAGAGUCCUUCAUAAGAACGCUGUUUCUCAGCUGAAACAAAUCGAAGCACACACGAAACAAAAACUUUCAGUUGUGGAGAUCACAAAUGCUUCGAUGAUUCACACUCGACGGAUUGUUGACAUUGGGUUGAAAAUAGCGCAGGCAAUGAAUUCUUCCGAUAACGGGAAAGUUGUAGACGUUGACGACCUGCACUUUUCUCUUUCCGUGGUGUCUGGGGACGCCAAACAGAUUGUUGUGCAAAGUAAUGCAAGCACACUUAGUGGCAAGCAAGUGCCAGUCCGCUUUCUUCUUAAUUUCGACCAAAUGCAACGUUCAAUUUCUUCGGCAUCCAAGAACAUUAUCGUCGACUUAUUUGGUGGAAAACACGCAAGAAAAAAGCGAUCAGCUGCAGAAGACGCAGGAGGCUCUACACAUUCUGUACAUUCGAGCUUUAUGGAUUACCCAUACGCGUGCCUUUUUGUCAACAACACAAACUUGUACUUCAGCUACAUGUUCAAAUCUUUGCAUACCCUUAUUUCUUCAGUCAAAGGAUUACACCAAGACCUGACGUUUGGAAUACACGACCUUGAGCAUCUAUCCCAGACAAUGAAUGCUACCGGUUCUUUUUCGAAUGCCUCAAAAACAGCAAAUAACUACAGCAAAGAAUAUCUAAACAGCUCUUUCGUGACAGGAUUCCUAGAAGUCAUACAGGUGUUAAAAGACGAGAAUAUCAAGAUGAUGAAUGGUUCUUCUCAAUCUUGGAAUGACACUUUUGAGGCUUGGAGAGCUUUCCUGGAGGUAUACACC